UCGGCCAAUAUGUUUUGCACGGGGCGAUGUCUUUUGCCGGUGCUCGCUGUAAUAUUGAACGCGAUUUGCUGGAUCCACGGCGCCCGAAUACUCGUCAUCGCACCCUUCGAAUCGCACGCUCAAUGCCUUUUGAUGACACCCUAUAUUCAGGCACUCACCGAUCGGGGUCACCAGCUGACAGUGAUUCAUGCGUUCAAGCAUUGCAAGCUUAUUCAAAAUGUGUCCUUCAUUCGUAUAAGGGAUAAUAACAACGUUAUAUCGGACUUUGAAGAGUUCUUAAUGAUCACUUCUCCGGCGAGCAAGUGGGGAGAAAUGAGUUCCUUGACCAGAAUCAUGGUUAACGCUGGUCUAAAUGUCCUGAAUAACGGGGAGGUUCGGGCCUUGAUGCAAGCGAAUGUUACAUUCGACUUGGUGGUGGUCGAACCAUCUUUCACCGAUUUGCUCUACGGACUGGCAGCGCACUUCAAUGCCCCAAUAAUCGGACUUUCCACCUGUGCAGCGGAUUGGAAUUCUAAUACUCUUGUGGGUCACGGAGCCUCCAUUUUGGAGGAGCCAUUAAUGCCGUUGAACAUGAUACCCGUGAGAAGUAUUUGGGAUCGCAUACACAGUUGGUACUACACAACCGAGGAAUGGCUGUUGGUUCAGUUGGUUUUCCUACCGAAAAUAAAACUGGUUCACGAGCACUUCUUUGGCCAUCUGGAUCAAAGUUUCUUGGAUAUCCGGCACAACUUCUCUUUACUUCUGUUGAACCAACAUUUUAGCUUGUUUCGACCUAGGUCGAGUGUUCCAGGCAUGAUCGAGGUGGCCGGCUUUCAUGUCCCCAAGGAGGAUCCAAGCCUUCCCAAGGAUCUACAGGUGUUCAUCGAUGAGGCCGAAUAUGGUGUGAUUUACUUCGCUUUGGGUGUGGAGCAAACAAGUAAGGAUUUGCCGGAGGAAACCAAGAAAAUGUUGCUGGAGAGUUUUGAAUCGAUGCCACAACGCGUUAUUUGGAAGUUUGAAGACGAACGUCCGGAGAAUUUAACCAGUAACAUAUACCUGUCCGAACUUUUGCCACAGCAAGCCAUACUGGCACAUCCCAAUGUAAAGCUCUUUAUAAGCCAUGGCGGAAUGCUCAGUGUUAUUGAGGCCACAUAUUAUGCGAAGCCCGUUUUGGGCCUGCCUUUGUUCUUCGAUCAAUUCAGGAAUUUGGAAGUUUUGAUAGAGGAAGAAGCAGCCCUUCAGUUAAAUAUUAACAGCAUUACAAAGAAGGAUUUUAAGGAUACUGUCUAUAGCUUAAUAAAUCAACCAAAGUACAGAGAAAAUACAUUGGCUAUGUCGCAAAAAUUACGUGAUCAGCCCAUGCAUCCCUUGGAAACUGCCAUCUAUUGGACCGAAUACGUCAUGCGCUACAAAGGAGCAAAUCAUUUGAGGGUCUCUCAAUCACAGGUGAAACUGGUCGAAUACUAUUCCAUUGAUAAAUUCCUGCUGGUCGGACUACGGUUGUCCAUAGUCGUGGGUAUAGUUUUUAUGGCCCUUUGCAAAGGCAGGUGUUGCCUCAUUUAUUUGGCUAAAUUAGCAAAUUCUUCUUUGUCUUUACCUGGUAUUAAAAGAAAUGUCGAACUGCCUAGUAUAAAUACAGGUUGAGCUUUAAUCGAAAUAUUUGAAUUAAUAUUUUUUGCUUUUAAGAGUUCAUCAAUAAGCAAGAUUUGCGUAAUUUUAUAAUAUUUGAUCGUAAUGACGUCGUGUUAUUUUUAAUUUAUUUUUUAAAUACAAUGAAUAGCGAG